GCCGUAGGGUAGCCUUGUCCUCCUCCCCGCUUGCUUCCUCGCUCCCCUCGCGCUUGCUUCCCUUCCCCGACUGAGAUUCUGAUGCCCGAAUUUCUUCGUUUCCGGUUGCUUUUACGAUCGCCAUCCACCCUUCGCAGCCAUCCGGUCAUUUGAUUGUGACAUCUGCGGCGUCUUUCGGCGACUUAUCGGACUUACGAAGACGCAGGCGUGUCUGGGUGGUGUGUUGGAACGUCUUAUUAGUUUUUAGGUUUUUCUUGGAAAGUGGAGUUCGUGGAUUUGAGGAUUUGUGAGGAUUCGGUUUGAGUUCAUCGAUGUAUGAGAGUUGGAUAGAGUGUUGAGUUUUUUUUAUUUCUUUUUCCUGAUAUCUUUUUCCGGUUUACUUUGGAAUUUGUAUCGGGGAUUCUGUGAGAGGGUUGCAUGAGCCGUCGUUUCACGGGUAAGUGUUGUCGGGGGGUAAAAUUGGGCGGUGUAAAAUUUAUUGCAGGAUUGUGUUCGUGGAAAUUUUAGGUUAAUAUCACUUGAUUCUGUUAGAAAAGUUUCACAAUUGGAGUGGGCGAAAUGGCGGAGGAGAGAUAUAAUAUGAAGAAUCCGGCAGUGAAACGCAUCCUGCAGGAAGUUAAGGAAAUGCAGAACAAUCCUAGCGCGGAUUAUAUGAGUCUUCCGCUUGAGGACAAUAUAUUUGAAUGGCAUUUUGCAAUAAGAGGUCCUUCAGAUUCCGAAUUUGAGGGCGGCAUAUAUCAUGGACGUAUUCAGUUGCCUCCAGAAUAUCCGUUCAAGCCUCCUGCCUUCAUGCUGCUCACACCAAACGGUAGAUUCGAAACUCAAACAAAGAUAUGUUUGAGCAUUUCUCAACACCAUCCGGAACAUUGGCAACCAUCUUGGAGUGUACGGACGGCCUUGGUUGCACUGAUAGCAUUCAUGCCUACUAAGCCGGAUGGUGCCCUGGGCUCCUUGGAUUAUACGAAGGAGGAGCGUCGUAAGUUGGCCAUCAAUUCUAGACUAUCGGCACCAAAGUUCGGUAAUGCAGAACGUCAAGCUUUGAUUAAUGAGAUACACCAGUACAUGACGAAACAAAGUCCACCAGUUCCUGAGGUGCCACUUGCCAGUAAGGAAACUGAGACGGCGGGGGCAAUUGAAGAUGCUGACGAGGAUGAUGGAGAGAGUGUGGAGGCUCUUAUUGCUGAAGGAUCUCGAAUUUCUGAGGAGCUUGUAACAGAUGCAGUGGUUGAGAACGUGCACGAGGUCCAUGUCAAUGCUAAUGCUGGUCCGCUGGCAGUAAGUUUCAGCGCAGAUUAUCAAUUGGCUCCACCAGCAAUCCCUAUUGGUGAUGCAGCCACAUUAGCCCAGCAAAAUUUGUUGUGUGAUGUCCAUCCUUCACAAGCAAGUUCUGGACCUGCCGUGGCAACUCAGGUUAGGCCUCCAGUGCAACAACCACCCAGUGAUUUCACUUUGACAAUGUUAGCUAUUGCCUUGGCGAUUGCAAUUCUUGCACUAAUUGUGCACAAAUUGAUGAAAUCUCGAGGGAUACCAAAUUCUGUAGAUUCUAUGCCACCAAAGAAAGUUUUGUACUUAUAGCCAGGUGGCCUUGCGCAGUCUUUUGGCACACUUAAUUGUGUGGGCUUAAAUGCAUCUUCUUCAAUAGUUGUUCUUAUACUUGUCCAGAGUAGCUUCGUAAAUGAUUCUCAUAGCCGAGGCUCUGUGGAGUCAUGGGAUCAGCAAACGUUUCCCCGCCACACCCUCCCCCCCCCCCCACCUUUUUUCUUUUCUUUUAACCCCCUUUUUAUCAGUGGUUUUACACCUCGAAGAUGAUUACUGUAUAUUGUAGGCAGAUUGAUUGGUGGUUUUUCACCCAACUACUUUGUUUAGUAUUGUUAUCAUUAUUCUAGGUAAACGAAGUGUACCAUUUUGAUAUCAAAAUAUGUCGCCUUGAAUGUCAUAAACUUA